CGUAAAACAAGUCUCAGUUCUCUCUCUCAACUCGCGCUACAAUGACCGACUUGGAAUUUUCGCUCAAAGACUGUGACGAAGUGCUCCAAAAACGGCUAAACUGCGCCGCCACCGCCACCGACUUCGAGGCCAUCCCCCGACAUCGGGGCAAUUUCAUCGUCAAAAUCACCACCACCAACGAUGAAACGCUGUGUUUUUACAUCAAAUCCGGGUCGAAGCCCAAAAUCGACAGAAUUCUCGCCGACUUUCGCGCGAAAAUCCCGGAUUUCGAGCCGAGUUUCACACCGAAGUACUACUGUAGCAAAUCCGGUUUGCAGAUUUUUGAAGAUUUGACUUGUCAACGCUUCCAAUGUGAGUUGGAUCGCUUCACUGGCGAUCAUUUCCGACGCGUUUUGAGUGUUUUGGCCGAGUUUCACGCCGCGGGAUUCGUCUACGAGGAAAUCACCGCGAGGAAACUGGGACAAAACUACCAGUUGGAAAGUUUUAAUUUCGAUGUGAGGGAAAUUGAGGACGUGUUAGAAAAUAAGGAAGUUAGUUCGCAAUUGGUGAAAAAUCUGGAGGAGAGUUUGACAAAAUUUAGACGGGUUUUGUGUCACAGUGAUUUGAUUUGGAGUAACAUUUUGUUUCACUAUGAUAAUGGGGUCCCGGAUAAUUGCAAAUUGAUUAAUUUUAAGACGAGAUUGUACGUCCCACCCAUUUAUGAUGUGUUGCAAUUGAUUUUUUUCAAUUCUGAUGAAAAAUUCCGAAAGGAACAUUACGAAUCUUUAUUGGUUUUUUAUCACAAUCAAUUGAAAGAAGCCCUUGGGAAAUAUCAAUUAGAUAUUGAUAAGAUUUUACCAAUUGAGGAUUUGCAACAAUCAAGUCAUGCGUUGCUUCUUUUGAUCAAAUUAGAACUUGUGCUUCGGAACAAAGAACAGAAGAAAGGUUUAGCAGAAGUGAAGGAGAUUUUGUCUUGUCCUCAAAUUUCAAGAGAAGAUUGUUUCACCAUCAUUAGAAAUAAAACACAAUCGAAUGAUUAUGAUCUGUUAUCAUUUAAACUAACCAAUUUGAAACUAAAAAUUCAAAUUCGCAAGGAUUUAACCGAAAAGACACUCAAUUUUUGUAUUAAAAACUCUCAAAGUGCACAAUUCCGAAGAGAAUUUUUUUUGUACAAUACUCUCAUCCCAAUUUUGCAAGAACUAGAAAUUCAAGGGAUCAACAAUUGUGUCCCCAUUUCAUACUUUCAAAGACCCAACGAUUUAAUAGUUUUUGAAGAUUUAUCACUUCUCAAUUAUCAAUCUUUGUCGAAGGGUUCUCUUUCUUUGAAAUUAUUAUCAGUGAUUGUGAAAAAACUAGCCAAACUUCAUGCCACAAGUCUGAUUUUUGAGGAAAAAAUGUCACAAGAUUUAAAACGAACGUAUCGAGUUUGUGACGACUAUUCCCAACAUUUUGAAGACAUCAACUUUGAAGCUAUGAGUGGUUCAUUUGAAAAUUUGAAAAAGUGUUUUCCAAAACUCGCUGAAAUGUAUGCUUCGAAUCAGUUCAGAAAAGUCAUAUCGCAUGGUAAUCUCAAUUGUGAUAAUAUUUUAGUCCGGGAUGAGAUCGAUUGUCGAUUUGUGAAUUGUGAAUGUUUGAAAUAUUGUCCCCCGGCUUACGAUUUUCUAUCAGUGGUUUAUCUAGGCGAGAAGAAAUUUGAAGAGAAAUUACAGAAGAUUUAUUACGAAGAAUUGGAGCAAACCACGGCUUCGUUUGGUUUUAAUUUGGAGAAUAUCUUGUCAUGGGACGAAUUUGUUGAUAGUGUUGAAAGUGUCAAACCCUGUGUUUUGAUGAAGCUAAUUGUGGCGGAAGAAUCAAGGGAAAUGUUAUUGGAGUUGGAAGAAAAAUGUCAAUUUUUGUUAUCAAGGAACUAAAUAAUAAAUCAUUUUCGAUUUAA